AUGGAUGAAACAUUUCAUCCCUAUGGCGCCUCAAACAAAGAUCCCCACGUUGCUGUCCUCUCGUUCCCAUUCUCUAGCCACGCUAUGGCUCUCUUCAUGCUUGUCCGUCGCUUAACCGCCUCCGCCGCUCCAAAUGUGAUGUUCUCAUUCUUCGGCACUGCAAAAUCCAAUGGCAUGUUCUUCAAGAACAUUGACAAUGAUGGCCUUCAGAAUCUAAAAUUUUAUGAUGUAGAAGAGGAUGGGAUACCAGAAAACUACGUAAGCACCCCGGGCAAAUUCGAGGAGGAAAUUGAGCUUUUCAUGGCCGCAACGCCGUGGAACUUUAAAAAGGAUGAGAUGGGGGUUCCUUGGUUGGCGUUCUUUAUUGGGGAAGCUUCUGGACUCGCAGCUCAUAUCUACACUGACUUGAUCCGUUCAACCAUAGGAGUUGGUAAAAAUGCCGUCGCCGGACGAGAAGAUGAAACUCUUGGUUUCAUUCCAGGAAUGUCAUCAGCAUGUAUUCGAGAUUUGCAAGAUGGAAUCAUCGUAGGGAACUUGGAAUCUACGUUUGCUUCCAUGCUACAUCGGAUGGGCAAAAUGUUGCCACGUGCAACUGCUGUUUUGAUCAAUACGUACGAGGAAGUGAACCCAACGAUCAUCCAAGACCUCAACUCGAAGUUCCAAAAAUGCCUUUCCGUUGCACCCUUCACACUUGAUUACCCACCUCAGUCUGAUUCAGAUACUACUGGUUGCCUUUCAUGGCUCGACAAACAGAAACCUUCCUCUGUAGCAUACAUUAGCUUUGGAACAGUAGCGGCAGCGGCGUUACCAGCACAUGAAUUGGAAGCAUUAGCAGAAGGAUUAGAAGCUAGUGGAAUACCAUUUCUAUGGUCUCUCAAGGAUAAGCUGAAGGAACGAUUGCCGGUUAGUUUCCUAAACAAGACAAAGGAGAGGGGAUUGAUAGUCCCAUGGGCUCCUCAGAUGCGUGUCCUCCAACACACAUCAGUUUGUGUGUUCAUGACACAAUGUGGAUGGAGCUCAGUAUUAGAGAGUAUCUUAGCUGGGGUUCCGGUGAUCGGCCGUCCGAUUUUCGGAGACCAACCCUUGAACGGAUGGUCUAUUUCCGACGUGUUGGGGAUCGGAAUUAGAAUUGAUAAUGGAAUCUUUACCAAAGAUGGAGUAAUUAAAGGACUAGAUUUGGUUUUGUUUAAAGAAGAAGGGAAAAAAAUUAUGGAGAAGGUUCAAGCUUUUAAAGAGCUUGCAAAUCAGGCAAUUGAAACUGAUGGUACCUCUACUAGGAAUUUUAAGACACUCUUGCAAAUUGUAUCUUCUACCUAG